AUGAGUUUAGGCUUAGAGCUCAAGGAUCUGGAGGAGUUGACAUCGAAAGCAAAACAAAUACAAGACAAUGUAUUGAAGGAGAUACUUACACUAAACGCCAACACAGAGUAUCUCCAACAGUUUCUCCAUGGAAGCAAUGAUAAAGAGUUAUUCAAGAAGAACGUACCGGUGGUGAGCUAUGAAGAUAUGAAGCCUUAUAUUGAAGGUGUUGCGAAUGGAGAGCCGUCAAAUGUGAUUUCUGGUGGACCAAUUACGAGAUUCCUCCGAAGUUCUGGAACUUCAGGAGGGAAACAAAAGAUAUUUCCCGUGAACGAUAUGUACAGUGAGAAGUUGGGAUACGUUUUUGCUCUACGCUCACUCGUCAUGUCCAAGAAUUUCGGUGACAAUGUUACCAAGAAAGGAAAGAAAUUGGAGUUUCUUUACACUAGACCGGAGUCCACUACUCCCUCCGGUUUACCAGUUUCUACAGUAUUUACAAGCUUCUUCAUAAGCGAUUAUUUCAAAAACCGACCAUCAAAAGGGAUUCCCAGGUACACAAGCCCUGACCAAGUCAUACUGUGUCCAGACAACAAGCAAAGUUUGUACUGUCAUCUUCUAUGCGGGCUUAUCCAGAAAGACGAGGUUGUGAGAAUUGGUGCUACAUUUGCUUAUGCCUUGGUCCUAGCAAUCAAUUUUCUUGAAGAUCAUUGGAAGGAACUGUGUAGUAAUAUCCGGUCAGGUCAUAUUAGUGACUGGAUCACAGACCUGAACUGCAGAAACUCUGUCUCAGCCAUUCUCGGAGGACCUAAUCCUGAAUUGGCGGAUGUGAUUGAGCAAGAAUGCAGCCACAAGUCAUGGGAAGGUGUAAUCACACGAGUUUGGCCAAAAGCUACAAUCAUUGAAUCCAUUUUCACGGGACAAAUGGCUCAAUACAUUCCAAUAGUUGAGUUUUAUUCCAACAAACUUCCUCUAGUCUCCACAACAUACGGGUCUUCUGAAAGUACAUUUGGGAUGAAUGUGAAUCCUCUAGACAAGCCACAGGAUGUUUCCUACACAUUUGUGCCCAACAUCGACUACUUCGAGUUUUUACCUGUUGGUUACGAGGGAGACAUGACCAGCAACAUUGUUGAUCUUGUGAACGUCAAAUUAGGGUGCUACUAUGAACCAGUCGUCACCAAUUAUUUCGGUCUACACAGAUAUCUUAUUGGAGAUAUCCUACAAGUUACUGGAUUCUACAAUCGCACACCUCAAUGUAGAUUUGUACGCAGAAAGAAUGUCGUUUUAAGCGUGGUAACAGAGACAACAACUGAAGAGGAUCUUUUAAAGGCGUUGGCUCAUGCGACACUUGUUCUUGAAUCAUCAGAUUUAAUGUUGGUGGGGUUCACAUGCUAUGCAGAUAUCUUCACUUUUCCAGGUCAUUACGUUUUUUACUGGGAACUCAAAGGCAAAGACGUUAACGACGUUGUUAAACUUGAUAAAAAUAUAUUGGUGGAAUGUUGCUACGCGCUAGAGGAAUCAUUUGAUGCUCUUUACAGAAGACUUAGGAGUAGAGCUGGAUUAAUUGGAGCUCUAGAGAUAAGAGUGGUGCAACAAGGAACAUUUGAUUCUCUCAUGGAAUAUUUCAUCUCCCAAGGCGGUUCGAUUGCUCAAUACAAGACACCCAUAUGUAUCAGCUCUUCUGAAGCCUUGGCAGUACUUGAAAAUAAGGAAGAAACUGUUCACCCUUUUGGUCUGAUGAAGGAAAGGCCUCCUCUCACAAUCUCAUUACUUGUUCAGUUCUUUCUCUUAGCACUCAUAGGAAUCACAGUGAAUCAAGGAUUCUACCUCUUGGGACUGGCCUAUGCAUCUCCAACGUUUGCUUCAGCAAUGCGGAACUCUGUUCCUGCAAUCGCCAUCAUCAUGGCUUGUACCCUAAAGUACCUUAACCUUCUUAUUUCAAGGAAAUUCCUUUUGAAGGAGUGA